UUUCCGUGCAAUCUCUAGUAGCCUACGCAUGCUCAUUUUUCUGAUUUUUUUAAGAAUGAGUCGUUUCUGGUUUUAUUUUAUUUUCAUUUUUCUAGCGAUUAAAAGCCCAAGCCUGAUCCUGUUCCUCUGCUUCGCCGUUUACGUGUUCAUACAUUACAGAACGCGAUAAGAUUCCAUGCAGAUUGAGGUUGAAGGAAACGAAGCUAAGAUAACCGGACUCUACAAAGGAUGCGAGCGAAACGCGCGGUCUGUAUGACGUCAUUAGAAAUUAUGGACUGUGCUGUUCCAGCUUUCGGAGGUCGCUCAAAUGCACUGGACGACCAGCACGGAGCCAGCACGAGCCAGUCUCGGAGUGAUAACGAGGCCUGCCACGGAGAUAAGCGUCAUCUAUAAAAGCAUGUCAUGGCUGACCACGUUCAAAGCAGUGAGAAGAAAAUCACAGUCAAAGUUCCUUCACAAGCUUGGCUUCAAGAUAAAACCCUUCUACAGUCAGUGUCUUGAACAAGAGGAAAGACUGGUGCUUGGUUGGUUGCUUACAUCAGUGGGAGAGUAGCUGACAAGUGCUUUAAUUGCAUUAAUGGGUCUCACAUUAUCUCACUGGCUGUAUGGCACUUCUUCUGGAAAGCCUUCCUCCUCCUCCUCCUCUUCCUCUUCCUCUUCCUCUUCCUCUUCCUCCUCCUCCUCCUCCUUUCUCCCACUGGCCACACCUCCCUCGUCCCGCCUGUUACUCAUGCUGCACUCCGCCCUUGCAGACACAAAAGACCGACGGUCUUGUUGGAGUCCCGCCCACUGCUCCCCUCACUUCCGGCGGUCAGGAUGUGGACAGGAAGUGACACGUGCACCUGCCCAGCAGAGUAGUGAUGGGGUGAGGGGGGAGAGGGGGGAGAGGAGAGGGCUCCACCUGUGGGAGGUGCUUUGGAGUCCCAAGCACAGAGGAAGUCACGCGGUGGUUGGAAUCUCUACUUCCUGUUGUCCUCUGCAGGCCUCGGGCUACACCGCUCUGGUGGGGGGAGACUCUGAGUCCUGGGGCUGGGAACUAACAUCCAACCAGCUGUGGCACCAGGGGCAGGUUCUGGGGGUGUACCCGAGGGGAAGGCGGCAGGAGGGAUGUUGUCCGAAGGGCCCGUGGCUUGUGGAGCCUCGGUCUCACACAUGUGGAAAGACUGGUCUGGAAGAUCAAGGUCCUGCACCUGCUCUCACCAUCCCUGAACGCGUCCUGCUGGUGUUGGAUGCUGACGCAGGAACUCUGGGAUACAUCGUGGAUGGGUGCUUCCUGGGUGUGGCUUUCUGUGGUCUCCCGAAGGGGGCGGAGCUGUUCCCAGCCGUGAGCAGCGUGAGAGGCGGAGCUGUUGUACGACUGCGCUACCUCAAUGGAGCUAAUCGUGAUGCCCCUAAGCUCAUGGCCCUGUGUGGUUUGUCCAUCCGUCAGUCGAUGGGGAACCAGAGAGGGGAUCAGAUUGCCAGACUGCCUCUUCCUCCUCCUCUCCAACACUACCUCCUCCCCAGCCUGUGACCUGCUGACACACAUAUAGGAAUCCUUAAGACCAUAAAGCUGAUUGAGUUGAUUAAUGCAUAUGAUGGAUGUGCAUUGUUUAGAAUGUAUUUAUUUUUUAGUAAUUUAUCUUUUUAAAGAAUAAGUGACCAAACUUAAAUUAUUUGACAUUGUUAUUUAUUGUAUUUUAUCAGUAUUUAAUGCCGUAUUUAUAAAUAACUCUUUUCUCCAUGUUAUGGAAUCAGUUUAUUUAAUAUUAUAAUAACUGAGUUACCGGUUAUU